AUGCAGCGCACGGUAAUUGAAGUGACGGGCCGCACUUGUAAUCGUAAGGCUAACGAGGGUCAGCAGCAACUUCGGACUGCGACACAGACCCGCCGGAGCGCCCGCGCUGGUGCUUACCCUGAACCCGAUGACUUUGAAGGUCUUCCGGUCAGGCAAUGGCGCCAGGAAUGGGUGACUGUGGCACCCUCGGCCCAACAGGAGACGACGCAGCAAGGCGACCGGUGGGCAGCCGACCUUCCAUACGGCAUGCCGAGGGAAUUCAACCUCUUGCCGCCGCACACCCAGGAAUUGCUCCGUGCUGCGAGGUCCGGCCGUCUUUACAAGCGCUCUGCGCCGACUGAAGAGGAGGAUGCGGAUGUCGAGCUGGACACAGUGAAGGGAGAGAAGAAGGACUGGGAACCACCGAACGAUGGGUACACGGUCAAGCUGUGGAAGCAGGUGCCGCGAAAUGCGGAGAGCCAGACGACAUCACACCUUGCAAAGCGACAUAAGAACACGGUCACGCUAGCUUCGAGGGCGGCCGUCCCGCAGAUCGCAGGGCCGACGGUUACUCGAGCCACCGUUCGCCGGAUCGAUGCGGCCGGAAACCCGUACGAGCAAACUGUUACGCUUUCCGAUGGACAGCAUGUUGAGGGUGAGAUCAUCUCAACGACUGUUGUGCCGGCGCCAGCGGCCGCCCAACAGGAAGCAGCUCCGCAGCAGGUAACACCGUCGAGACGGAGGCCUCCGCCCCCUAAACGCAAGAACAAAGGCGUUGGUCGCGGGCGCAAGAAGGGCAAAUUGCCUAUCCCACUACCUGCCACCAGAUCGCAGGCUACGAAUGAGGAUGGUACUCCAGUCCAAGCAGAGUCUGUCGGUCCCAAUGUAAUUAAAAGAGAGGAUACCGAGGAGAGCACGAACCACGACAGCGAGAUGGUUGACAUUUCUGGCGUCGCUUCCGACGAGGAAGAGGGCGAACCCGGUGAAGGUGAUGAAGAAGAGGAGGGAGACGAAGACCACGGGCCCGAAGAAGAAAGCGAAACAACAACAACAAAGAUCGAAAGCAGUGGCGCCGAAGAGCAGGCACAAGAGGCCGAGGAUUCGGAAAUGAUGGACGUCAUCCAACCGAGCUCUGUCGAGGAGCCGGACGAGUCCCAGACUACCGUAGGAGAGGUCGAAGAGGUCACCAUCCCGAAAGCCCGCUUCACGCCGCCCAGUCUGAGCAAUCUUGGGGUCCCGCAUCCCGGUUCUGCUGGAGUCGGAGGCAGCCCCUUGAAGAACGUCAUGACCCAAUCGCCAACCGACCCGUCACCCACGAUCUCACCUUCCACCAACACCUUUGCCUCAGCGGCCCGCGCAGACAUUCAGCAGCAGACCUCGUCCACCACCCAGGCCCAUGCGUCCAAACCGACGGGACACGGGAUUUUGCCUUCUCUGCGAGAGAGUGCGGUACCCCGACCAUCGGAAUUUUCUCCGCCAGCGCCGGCGUUCUUGGCCACCGGGACCCCCUCCAAGCCAGCAUCAGUUAGCCCACCUGUGGACCAAUCCGGACACGCAUCAAAAGAGCCCACCUCGACCAGUCUCCCGGUCCCAAAAGUUAAAUCCGCAUCACCGCCCGUCAAAACCGAGCACAGCCCAGCGCUACCCCCCACAACUCUGGAUGCUUCAACUGUUCCCGAAGCGGCAACCGCACUGUCAACCGCUUCGCCAACUCCCGCAGCCGCCACCGCCGAUGAGGAUGACGGGCUUAACCUGCUUGGUAGUCUCGAGCGCGAACUUGACCGUCAAGAGGGCGUUCACGGUAGCGGCGACGGCAGCGGCAGCGGCAGCGGCAAUGGGAGGAGUGUGUCGGCCGAUGACCCUGGCAAUGACAAGAAUGAAGAAGGAUUCUCAAACAUCAAGGGCGAGGAUACCACCACCACUCCCACCGCCAGCACGGCCGUGGACGCCCCUGCUACCGUCACUGGUGAUGCAUCUGCUGUGACACCGGAGGAUGCUACGGUUGGGUUUGGUGGGGCGAGUGAGGGCGCCGGUGAUGGCGAAGUCAAGUCGUCCUCGAAGAAUGCUUCCCCGGAUCCUUCUGAAGCAGUCCCUGUGAAGGAUGUCUCUUUGGAGGCCACGGCGGAUACCGCCCCGGACAAUGCGUAG